UACCUCUCUUCGUGCCAAAUUCUUAACACUCUCUCUCUCUCUCUCUCCUCUAUCUCUCAAAUGGCACCGGCAGCUUUUUUCUCGAGCAGCUUCAACACCGUCUGCGUUAUGGACGCCAACAGCCGCCUCGGCUGCGGCCUCGUCGAGCAGCUUCUCCGACAAGGCUACGAAGUCCACGCCGCCAUUCAGAGCCCUAAGGAGAGUCAAGCAUUAAGGAAACUGGCUUGCGACCACCAGAAUCUGCAGAUUUUUCACUCCGACCCCUUCGAUUACCAGAGCAUAGUCGACGCUCUCAAGGGCUGUUCUGGUUUGUUCUACAACUUCGAGCCUCCGGAAGAUUAUACAACCUAUGACGAAUUCAUGGGGGAGAUUGAAGUGAGAGCGGCACACAACGUAGUGGAAGCCUGCGCCCAAACAGAUACCAUCGACAAGGUGGUUUUCACGUCGUCCGCGACCGCUGUCAUCUGGAGGGAGGAUCGUAAAUCGUCCAAAUCAGAUUCUGACGAGACAUACUGGACUGACAUCAAUUUUUGCCGCAAAUUCAAGCUAUGGCAUGCACUGUCCAAGACUGUGGCAGAGAAGGCGGCAUGGGCCUUGGCCAUGGACCGGGGAGUCAGCAUGGUGUGCAUCAACGCCGGACUCUUGACGGGCGGCCCUGAUCUAACCAUCACCAAUCCCUACCUGAAAGGAGCGGCCGAGAUGUACGAAGACGGCGUCUUCGUCACCGUCGAUCUCGACUUCCUCGUUGAAGCCCACGUCUCCGUCUUCGAAAACAUCGCAUCCUUCGGCCGAUAUCUGUGCUUCAACCACGUGAUCAAAACGAACGACGACGCCGUCAAGCUGGCUCAGAUGCUCACCCCAGAUUCCCCACAGCCUCCUCCAAGUUCCGAGAAGGAUAUGAGAAUAAUUCAGCAGAGGAUAAGCAAUAAGAAGCUGAACUCGUUGAUGGAGGAUUUCCGGAGUGGGCCCUGCUGAGCUGAUGCUCUCUUCCUACCUCGUCUCCGGCGGCGGUGGCCACAGCGAGCUUCCCAAGUGGUUCCCUGUAGCAUGCAGACUAGUUUUGCUUUCUUUGGAGGUCGAUCUCCUUACGAAAAAUAGGGAGAAAAAAAAAAAAAAAAAGCAACUGCCUGGACAAAUGGGUUCUGGCCACGUGUAAAUUUACCUUGGAAAUAACUUGUAGCUGUCCAACUUCCUGGCACGUACAAAUGUUUAGAGAAGUCUUGUACACUAAGUAACACCCAAAAUAAUGUAACAAGUUUAUAUAUAUAUAUAUAUAUAAAAUAUGAAUUCUUUUCUUUUUUUUUA